GCUCAACGGCCGUCCGUGCUCUGGAGGCGAGGUCGGCGCUCGACUGAGAUGGCCUGGAGCGCGGGGGUUUUGACCGGGCCGUGGAAGCUGGCGGAGUGAAAAGAGUUGCCCGGGAUACUGAUGGCGGCGGCUCUGGAGGAUCCUAUCUUGAUCCGUCAUUUUAAUGGCCACAAAGAUGCAGUCACUUGUAUUGACUUCAAUCCAACUACUAAAGCACUUGCCACCUCUUCUUUGGAUAGAUUUCUUAUGAUAUGGAAUUUGAGGCCAAACUGCAAAGCCUUCAGAUUUGUGGGUCAUUUAGAAGGUGUAACCAGUGUACAGUUUUCACCAGAUGGGCACUUGCUGGCAUCUGCUUCUCAAGACAGAACAGCUAGGUUAUGGAUUCCUUGUAUUCAUGGUGAAUCCACGCCGUUAAAAGGCCAUACUGCACCAGUUCGCAGUGUGAACUUCUCUCAUGAUAGUCAGUUUCUAGCUACUGCAUCCAAUGACAAGUCAGUAAAAGUGUGGAGUGUCUACAGCCAACGCCUUUUGUUCACCUUAUCCCAGCACACACACUGGGUGCGCUGUGCCAAAUACUCACCAGAUGGAAGAUUAAUAGUAUCUUCCAGUGAAGAUAAAACUGUUAAAAUUUGGGAUUUGAGAAAUAAGAUAUGCAUUGAUAGUAUAAUAGACUAUGAUGGAUUUGCGAACUAUGUAGACUUCAAUCCUGAUGGUACAUGCAUAGCUUGCGCAGGUUCUGAUCACACAGUGAAGAUAUGGGACAUUCGAAUAAACAAAUUAUUGCAGCAUCACCAAGUUCACAGAGCUGGUGUUAACUACACAUCUUUCCAUCCUUCUGGUAACUAUCUCAUCACAGCCUCUAGUGAUGGUACCCUCAAGAUUUUGGAUCUUUUAGGAGGAAGACUUUUGUAUACUCUUCAUGGACAUGAGGGGCCUGUCCUCUCUGUCGCCUUUUCAAAAGGUGGGGAAACAUUUGCCUCUGGAGGUACGGAUGGACAGGUACUGCUGUGGAAGACUAUUUUUGAUGAAUUUGAAUAUAAAAAAGUUCUUAAAAAUUAUAUGCAAAAAAUACAUGUUGAUGAGCCUCCUCACCUUCUUGAUAUUUAUCCUCGCUCGCCGCAUCGCCACGAUGGAAAAUCGCAGUCAAUUGAGAUAAAUCCUAGCUAUGACGUAACAGAUAUGCAAACUUUUGAUCCUCCUGUUGUAGAUGUUAGUUCUUCGUCUUCUGUUUCACCAGUAUCUCCGACAAAGGCAAGAACCCCUUUGGCCCAUCCUUCCACGUACCGAGAUGGAGUGAACAAUGAAGACUUGUAUCCUCCUCCUGCUUUAUCUUCUCCAACAGUGUCUAAAAGGAAUUUGAAGGGUGAAAACAAACAUGUUGUGCGUAGUGUGGAUGAGACAAGCACCGUGGACGAGCCUGUAGGCAUUUCACCAAUUCUGACUAAUGCCUUGGAGCACAUUGUGGAGCAAUUAGAUGUUCUGACUCUUACUGUCUCAAUCUUGGAGCAACGCCUGACUUUGACCGAAGAUAAACUGAAAGAGUGCUUAGAGAACCAAGAGAAAAUGUUACUUUCCAUCAGACAAUGAGCAUAAGCAAUACAAAUGCUGGUGAACAUUUUUUAAUACAUUCUCAGGAAAGUGAAAAUUAGAAGUCCUGACAGGAAGCAAAAAAGUGCCUCUUUUUUGUAAGAGAUUUUCUAAGAUCUUUGAUAAUAUUUUUAACAUGUAUUUUUG